UUUAUUCGAGACGGCUUUCUAUUGGGGGAUUGAAUCGUCUUCUCUGUCUUGGGUCGCCGAUCGGCUCUCUUCCCUGCGAUGGGGAAACAACUUGCCUUGAUCUCCUUCUUCGGCGCCGUGACCCUCCUCCUCCCGCUGUUGUGCCUGGCGCAGGGAGAGACAGACGACGCAUCGGCCACUUAUAUCGUCCACGUGUCUCCCUUCCACAAACCGGCCUCCUCCCCCACCCACCUCCACUGGUACGCUUCCACGCUGCGAUCUCUCCCUCACCGGCCGGCCGCCCACCUCCUCUACGACUACUCACGCGCCACCUCCGGAUUCUCCGCGCGCCUUACCUCAGGCCAGGCCGCCGCCCUCCUCCGUCUCCCCUUCGUCCUCGCUGUCCUCCCCGACCGCCGCCGCCAGCUCCACACCACCCGCUCCCCUGCCUUCCUACGCCUCUCGACCUCCUCCGGCCUCUGGCCCCUCUCCUCUUUCGCGUCCGACGUCGUCGUCGGCGUCCUCGACACAGGGAUCUACGCCUCCCGCGCCAGCUUCGUCGAUGACUCCCUCCCCCCGCCCCCUUCCUCCUGGCGGGGUUCCUGCGACGCUGGAGAUGGCUUCAACGCCUCCUUCUGCAACCGCAAGCUGAUCGGCGCCCGGUUCUUCUACAAGGGCUACGAGGCGGCGAGAGGCCCCAUGAAUGAGACGAGCGAGUCGAAGUCGCCGCUCGACACCGAGGGCCACGGUACCCACACUGCCUCCACCGCCGCCGGAUCAACCGUCGCCGAGGCUGGGUUCUUCCAGUACGCCCGCGGCGAGGCACGCGGGAUGGCCACCAAGGCCCGGAUAGCGGCGUACAAGAUCUGCUGGAAAUCCGGGUGCUACGACUCUGACAUUCUAGCCGCCAUGGACGCCGCGAUCGCCGAUGGAGUCGACGUCAUAUCGCUCUCCGUCGGUUCUGGAGGCUUUUCCCCCGCCUUCUACCGCGAUUCGAUUGCCAUCGGGGCGUUCGGCGCCGCGCGUCACGGAGUGGUGGUCUCGUGCUCCGCCGGGAACUCCGGUCCUGGACCGCGCACCGCCGCCAACAUCGCGCCAUGGAUCAUUACUGUGGGCGCAUCUACCAUCGACCGGCAGUUUCCGGCCGAUGUAAUCCUUGGAGAUGGAUCCACCUUUGUCGGCGUCUCGCUUUACUCCGGAGAUCCAUUGGAUUCGACCUAUCUUUCUUUGGUCUAUGCCGGAGAUUUCGGAUCUCGGCUUUGCAUUCCGGGCUUGCUCAACUCCACCAUGGUCGCCGGCAAGAUCGUCCUCUGCGAGCGCGGAGGCAAUGCGCGUGUCGAAAAGGGUAGCGCCGUGAAACUGGCCGGCGGAACCGGAAUGAUCCUGUCCAAUGAUGCCGGAAGCGGGGAGGAACUCGUCGCGGAUUCCCACCUUGUUCCGGCCACCAUGGUAACCCACACCUCUGGCGAACAGAUCAAGGACUACAUCAAAUCCCAAGCUUCGCCCACAGCUACCAUCGUCUUCCGCGGCACCGUCAUUGGCGACUCGCCGGCCGCCCCCAAGGUGGCGGCUUUCUCGAGCAGGGGGCCCAACUACCGUGCCCCGCUUAUCCUCAAGCCGGACGUCAUCGCUCCCGGCGUCAACAUCCUUGCGGCGUGGACGGGGAAGAACAGCCCGACGGACCUCGACAUCGAUCCGCGGCGGGUCGACUUCAACAUCAUCUCCGGUACCUCCAUGUCGUGCCCCCACGUCAGCGGCAUCGCUGCCUUGCUCCGCGGCGCUUACCCUGAAUGGAGCCCUGCCGCCAUUAAAUCCGCCCUGAUGACCACGGCCUACAACUCUGACAAUGCCGGAGAGCCCAUCAAGGAUCUGGCCACCGGCGCAGAGUCCACUCCGUUCGUUCGUGGCGCCGGCCACGUGGAUCCCAACCGGGCCCUCAACCCCGGCCUGGUCUACGACGCCACCACUGACGACUACCUCGCCUUCCUUUGUGCGAUUAACUACUCGCCGGAGCAGAUCGCUGUCUUCACCAAGUACGAGAUCAGCGUCAACUGCUCCGACGCGGCAUUGGCCACUCCCGGCGACCACAACUACCCUGCUUUCGUCGCCGUCUUUUCGUCGAGCAGCGACGUGAUCACCUACAAAAGAAGGGUCCGCAACGUCGGAGCUUCCGCAGCGGUGUACGAGGCCAAGAUCACCAGCCCGCCGGGCGUGGACGUGACGGUGACGCCGAGCAAGAUGGAGUUCGACGCCGCCGGCGAAAGCUUGUCGUACGAGAUCAAAAUCGCGUCUUUGGCUGAUGCGGCAGCCUCUGGUGGUCAGGCCUUCGGCUUCAUCUCAUGGAGCGAUGGAACGCACGAGGUGAGGAGUCCUAUUGCUGUAACAUGGAGGCAAAGCCUCGUUUCCUCCAUUUGAGCAGGAGAACGAGCUCCAAUUUCCGGCGAAAGAAGAGCUUUAUGGAAUUCGUUUUGCUGUUGAAUCCAUGCUUUCAGACAUGGAAUCCCUUCCGGACUGUGACGGAUCUGAGAGUUCACUUGCUUUGGAUUUGAAACAAUGAAGUUGUCUUUCUGUGUGCACUGCAUUUGUUUUGUUUCAACAGAUGGUUAAGGGUGUGGAUUGUGUUGUUAAGGUGUUUAAUCUGGUAAUUGCAAAUUAAUUUUCAUAACUAAUGGUUAGGAGUAA